AUGGACGGCUACCUCCUCAAAAAGCCUCUGACAUUAGCUGCUUCACCUGAAGACAGCAACCCAAGACCUGGGCCGUCACCACCAGUCAAAAUAAAGACGGCAAAGAAAGUUGCGGCUUCAAACAUAGACAAAUGGAAAAUAGACUGGCAUGGUGUCGAAGAAGUGGCGAAGAAGUGUCAAAGACGACUCUCAUCUACUGCAAGGCAUGCAGGGCUCACCCACCACCAAUUAGCCUGGAACCGCGAAAAAGCAAUCGCGACUUUGUCAAAGGAAGCGGACAAGUCAAAAAGUAUUUGGCUUUUCGGCACCAAACAUCAUCGAUUUGCUUAUGAUGCUUGGAGUAACCAGCUUAAAGAGAAAGAGUUCAUUGUAGAUGCAGUCUGUCACAUGAAGAGAGAGGUGUACAACAGAAUGGUUAAGCUUUUUGACAUUUCAUACCACAUCGCUAAGCAUGAAAAGCCCUUUGCUUAUUUCCCAGCCCUCAUUACCCUUGAGAAAAGACAUGGUGUUGAACUUGAAGAUGCAUAUAAGAACCCCAAACAGGCACAAAUCUUUACUCAGUACCUUGCAGAUGAAAUACAGGAUGAGAUUACCAAGCAAAUCAGAGCAUCUAGAUACAUCAGUAUUCUUGUGGAUGGGAGCUCAACUUUGGAGAAAGAGGUUCUGUACUGCAAAUUUUUAGAGAAUAGUGUGCCUGUCAUGAAAUUCUUGGGAGUUAAGGACACAGCUGAAGGCAUCCUGGAGUGUGUGCAGUCACUCUGGACUUCCAAGAAUAUGCCUUAACGGAAAGGACAUCUUGUUGGAUUUGGUACAGAUGGAGCCAGUGUCAACUUUGGGUGUCGACAGGGGAUCUACGUGAAGCUACAGAACAAGAUGCCAUGGCUGAUGGGCAUUCACUGUGUGGCUCAUCGUUUGGAACUUGCAUGCAAGAACGCAUUCCAGGGCACUUAUUUCAGUCAAGAGAUUGAUGGUUUCUUGUCCUUCUACACGGCAUUUUACAGAGGAUCAGGGGAACGACUGAGGGAGCUGGACCAAAUGGCAGACCUUCUUGAGCAAACUGUGAUUACACCUACAAGAAUCGAUGGGGUUCGAUGGUUGGACCAUCAUAGAAGAGCACUUAAGUCACUGGAGGCCAAUAUCCCCGCUGUAAUUACCCAUUUGAGUGAAAUUGGAAGUGACCAACGCCAGGAUAUAAAAAAAAUGUAAUGCUGCAAAGUGAGAGGCUGGAUUAAUAAAAUUGGGUCUCACAAUUUCCUUCUACACAUAGGCCUCUACAUUGAUGUUUUUGCUGAGCUGUCACACCUCUCACUUACCUUCCAGAAAGAUGGUAUCUCUCUCCCAGCAGCUGUGGAGGCAGUCAGUAUCACAGAUAAAGUUUGAAAGACAUGGCAAAGCAUGAUGGACAGAAACUAAGAGCCAUGAAGAUGGCAUGUAAGACAGGAGAUUACAGGGGCAUUAAGCUCACAGGAAAAUACACUGAAGCUGUACAAACAAUGCAGAGGUCCAGAGAGGAGCUCAUCCAUGAUUUAGUUGCCUGCCUGGAUCAAAGGUUUCAGUCAACCUCAGACAAAAUCCUUCAAGCAAUGUUGAAGUUUGACACAAAACUCCUGAGUCUGAUGAUGAUGAUUUAGCUACUUACGGCAAUGAAGAGGUACCACUGCUGCUGGAACACUUCAAGGAGGUGCUCAUUGCCAAUGGAUGUGUUACUGAAUGUGUAAUGCCUGAAUGGGCACGUCUCAAGAAAGUAAUUAGAAGAAACUACAGUAGUCUUAAGUGGGGAGAACUGUGGCCUCAGAUCUCCCAUGCCUGGUCUGAGCAUUUUCCUAACUUGCUUCAUGUAAGCGAGAUCAUUCAGGUCUUGCCAUUAUCCACAUCAAAAGUUGAGAGAGCUUUCUCUCUUCUGAACCGUGUAAAGACAGACUGGAGAAUUAACCUCAAAACAGACACAGUAGAAAACCUCAUGCACAUCUCUCUGGAGGCACCACAAGAAGAAGAUGCUGUUGGGAUAGUGGAGGCUGCAGUGAAGAACUGGUUCAAAAGUGGACAAAGACAAAGGCGCCCAAUGACAAAACCAUAUGGGAAACGGGCACAGCCCUGUAAAACAGCUGCACCAACAGCAGCAGAAAUGGGAAAAAAAUGACACAGAAUCUGACUCUGAUAGUGAAACCCAUGUAUAAUAUGAACUCCACUUGAGUGGCCCAUAAACUAUGGCUGGUUGCUGUGA